UUUAGAAAAUGACAUUACUCCAAAUAUUAAAAUUGGAAUAAACUUAUCUUAUCUUAUCUAUAUCCCUUUAAACUCUUAAAUUUGAUAUCCCGAUCUUUUAUUAUUAUUAUUUUUAUUUUUUUUGCAUUUCUAGUGCAAAAAGGUCAUUAUUUAUUUCCAUUACUAGUAUUAAACUUUUUUAUCUGUAAAGUUAGAAGACAUGAUUAUGUAUCUAGCUUAUGUAAUUAUUGAUUUGUGUUGCUUACGUUGUGUUGACACUAACAGACAAAUGAAGUUUAAUUGAAUAAAUUUUCGGUGCAAAAAGGCCAUGUUUAGAACACUAUACUUCAAUAAUAAACGUUGCUAGUUCCCAGUUUUUCUUUUCAAUUACCGAAUUCUUCUUCCAUGUAGAAAUCAAAAAUACACUUCCCAAAAAUUGACAUGACACCAAAUCUCAGGUGCGAAGCUCUUUAAUAUGAAUUGAUUUCAUUAUUGUAGAUGUGUCCCUUUCCCAGAAGGUUGGUUUCUCCGCCUUACAGAUAUCCAGUAUAACCGUACCUGGUGUUGAUAACGUUUCUCAUAUCUCGGUUGUGACGCCUGACAGACUGUGGGUGAGUGAUCAUAAAGGACGUCUCCUACAGGUGGACUCCUCCGGACGCGUACUACACGACAAACUGAGAGGUGGAUACUUAGCAAUGGCAUUACCAUACGAUUGUACAGGGUGUCACACCGUCACAGAGGACGGGGACCUCCUGUUUAUAGACGGCGAUGAAGUCCGUAAGUUAACAUCAGACGGGACCGUCAUCACACUCCUCACACCAGACAGGGAAGCACGCUGUAUCCACUCCUCCCGUAUUAACGGCGACAUACUGGUGGGGAGUGAUGGGAAAGUGAUGAGGUACGACAGGACAGGACGGGAACUCCAGGUCAUUGAGAAGGACGAUAAGGGACAGGGAUUGUAUAGAUUACCAAUCUACAUCACGGAGAACAAGAACGGAGAUAUCUGGAAUUCUGACCUGGAUAAGGAAGCAGUAGUAGUGGUGGAUAAAUCAGGACAUCAUCGGUUUGACUACACAAGUCGUCAGUCUGACUACACAGGUCGUCAGUCUGAAGACUCGAGUUACAUGUAUCGCUUUUCCUACACAGAUCGUCAGUCUCACUUCUAUCCCUUUGGUAUAUGUACUGACGUCCUCGGACACGUACUGGUGUGUGAUAUUUAUAAUAACAGUGUUCACCUGCUGGAUCAGCACGGUCAGUUCCUGUCUCUACUGCUGACAGGAGAACAACACGGAAUACGUCCCACGGCUCUGUGUGUGGACGACCAACACAACCUCUAUCUGGGACAGUACGACAGUAACACAAUAAAGGUGUACAAGUAUCUACAGGAUACGGACGUCAAAUAAAACUGAACAAAGAAAACAUUACCUAGGUUUGGUAUGGGACCCCCCCCCCUCCCUUGACAACGAUGGCCAGGGGCGAAUCCAGGAAUUGUGGUUAGGGGCGCAACUUUAUGAGGCAGGGGGUCUGGGGGCCGCCGAGAGGCCCCAGUGGGUCCAGGAUGAAGCCCUUUGAUUUUACAGAUUUUAUCUGAUAUCAAAUGUCUCCUAUGUAGUAAUUUUUACAAUUUUAUGUCGUUCUUAAUAGAGGGAAAUCAAUAAAAUAACGCAGAUUUUAAGGGAUUUUGGAAAAAAUGUAAGUUCUCCCAAUAAAAGCAAUUCAAUAAAUCAAAAGAUUUAGUCAUUUAUUGCUCUGAGAGUGGAAGAAAUUAUUGCUUCUUUUAUCGUUUACAUUUUUCCAAACAAGAGACCACGAUUUACCUUAAAUUUGAAAAUGUAUGGGGGGGGGGGGCACCGGCUGUUCCUCCCCUUAAAUCCACCACUGAUGGCAGUUGAUGGAACUGUUUUUUCCUCUAAAUGUAUAUCACAACACUUUGUUGACUUGUAUUUUUCAGAAUUCAUAUACAUUUUGGUAAACGAUGGUUGUCUUUUACGUUAAAUCAAAAGGAAUGACUUUAAUUCUGGAUUA